AUGUCUCUUAUUUCAAAGGCGAUACUUGGUCUUUCAUAUCCUCAAAUACAUGCGCGUUUUUAUGCUACUUUGGCUUAUAACAGCCCAAAAAAUGGUGAAAUAAAUCAGGUGCCAACAGAUCAGAAAAAGGAAGGGUUGGAAAGUGUUAUUUCUCAUGUAUCACCUGGCAUAAAUAAUGCUUCGGCUUGGUUAUCCCAUCCAAGUGUCUCGGACCCAACUUUUCAAGUAUUAUCACCGGGAAGUCUAGGCGCCUUGCUUUUAGUAAAAUUACCGCCAAAAUCCGAAAUAUAUGCAGUGCCUGGAACAGCUGUUGCUGUAUCAAGCAAAGUUGCAACAGAACGUACCGUUGACGGAAAUUUUGUGAUUGCUCUUGGACGGAAAAUAGCGGGAGGACAACUUGUAUAUCACAAAUUCACGACUGAAUCACUUCCAGGAGAUGUUCUAAUGACACCUGGCGCGUUGUCCGAUAUCGCCGCUAUUUAUAUGGAUGGCAGGUCAGAGUAUUAUGUGCGAAAAGGAGCGUUCUUAGCGAGAGGACCACGCGUUACACUGAAAAUUGGUGGCGGCGCUCUAAGAUCUUUUGCUUAUCGGGCCACUGGUAGAGGAACAUUAGUGAUCACAAAUUAUGGUGCAAUACAUCGUCUGGUAUUGAAUGCUGGAGACGAAUAUUUAGUCAAUCCAAAACAUUUAAUCGCAUGGGACGCGUUGACUCAUCCAUCAAUAUCAUUACCGUUAAUUAAAUCCUCACCGAGUCGAGGUCGUAAGAUCGUCGAAAACGUUGCUUCAAAAGUCUCGGAAAGAAUGCCAACGGUUGUAGAAAAUUUUCGAAAUAGUCCUUCGGUGAAACCAACGCUGGAAACGAUGAAACGGAUUUCCGUGAAGACAAGGAAAUGGAUCUUUGGAGGGCCGGAAUUUUUAAAACUCUCGGGACCUGGUGAUUUUUAUUUAGCAAGUAGGGUAGAACCUAUCUUUGGCGAAUUUAAAACAUUAACUUCACCUUCGAUAGAAGAAAUUGAAGACACAAAAAUUCAAUUAACACCGCCAUCAACAACCCCACGUCCACGUCAACCGCUAGAACCACCUAGGAUGUCAUAUGCAUUAGUCACAAAGAGUGGCUACGUCACAUUCACAGAUGAACCAGUGAUCACUCCAUUGUCGUCAGCUUCCUUUGGAAGUGAUAAGCGAUCGAUAAUUGGGAGAAUUACAUCAGGGAGUGGAUUAUUACAGCUUAGACGAUGGAUUCUUCCUAAUCGAAUCGCUUUUAAAGAUACGAAAAGAGAAUGA